AUGCUGGAGAAGGGUUUUCAUCCUCUGAGGACUCCUGCGCUCAGUCAUGAGCAAGUUUUUCAACAUCCCUGUUUCCACUUUCUCACCUGCUAUUCAUUUGAUUUCAACUAUAAUCUCUCUGAAAAUGGCAAUGUUUCAUCUGUGAUCAAACAACAGCUACCUGGACUUCUUUCCUUGUCAACCAAACUCCUUCCAACGGUCAUGAACCUCCUUAGAAAGCUGGCGGAAGAAGGACAAACGCCAUCCAAAAACAGCAGCCAGACUUCGAUGCACUCCUCAGCUCAGUCUGAGGUUACAACUAAUGGAGAAAGCAGCAGCUCUGGUUCGUCUCCAGCCAAAAACGUUCCCAUUGAUACGAGUGCAUAG